CCCGGCGCAGUCAGGAAGUCGGGACGCACCCCGAGCCGCCGGCGGUGCCCCGCUGUAGGAUGGAAAGCGAGGGCGACAGUUGUUCGUGGGGAGGGAGCGAAGACCCUGAGGUCGUUUGCGAAAAGCGUCUGUUUAAGUCCAGGUUGCCGGAGUGCCUCGUCCAGGUGGCGUGCGGACACCAGCACUGCGCCUUCCCGCUGAAUCGUAACGAGCUGUGUGUCUGGAAUACAGCUGGCAGCCCUGCUGCACAGUCAUUACGUUUGUCAGGACAUCAGCAUGCAAUUUCUGCACUGUCAUUUGGAAGUAAAAUCAAUCCGCUUCUAGUCUGCUCAGCUUCCCAUGAGCGUGUGAUAGUGUGGAAUCUUGAUGAAUGUACAAUGAAAGUGCGAGAAGGGUUAACGCCUCAAGGAAUUAUUAUUGGAACUCUUCUGAGAUUGGCUCUUCAUGUAAGAUUUAGUCCAGAUGAUCAACAAGUGGCUGUAUGUGCUGGAAAUCGAAUCUACAUGUUAAGUGCAAAGAAUGAAACUAUACUAGUUAAAUUGAAUGGCCACCUGGCUCCAGUGACUGCUGCUGAGUUUUGCACGUGGGAGAAAAAUAUGCUUAUAUCAGUGUCUGAAGACAGAAGCUUCAAGGUAUGGGACUAUUCUACUGGACUGUUAAUGUAUCAGUCAGGGAUAUUAACAGCAUUUCCUUUGCUAAGUCUACUAAUUGAUGAAGAAAAGAAACAGAUCAUCACUGGAUGUGCUGAAGGACAGCUUUGGAUCUUCAGUUUAAGCAGUGAUCAUAAUUACCGUUGUGUGGCACAUACUGACUUAAAGAAAGAGCAAGAGAAAUUCUGUAAUAAAAUCUGGAAAUCUGAAGAAGAAUUAGGUGAAAGGCAAAAUGCUUCUGAGCUUUGCAAAACAAACAGCAUGAAACCAGCGGGGUCAGUGGAAGCUUCAUUGCCAGUCCUCCUAAUUGAACACUGUGAUUAUUCAGUCUGUUUCCAUAAUGAAGAAAAUAUCUCCUGUGUCCAGAAUAGAAGCUAUUUUUGGAUAGGAACCUCUACUGGCUUAUUAUUAAUAAAUUUAGCAAACUUGGAACUGGAAGCGUUUUUAUGUUACAAAGAUUACAGUGGCCUCAGCAUUCGAUUUGCUAGAUCGUGUUCAUUAAUGAAGAAAACAGUUAAUGGAAAGGUUUUAUGCUUGAUCACCUCAAUGUUUGAAGACAUCAUUGCUGUGUUGGAAGUUAACCCUGCUUUGUUGGUGACAUCUCAGCAGAGUGGUAUUUUUAAAAGUGGAAACGAAGGGAGUCUAUCAGUCAUUGCCAGGUGUCCUCUGUUGCUAAAUCUCCAUUGUGUAAAAUUAAAUAAAAAUAAAAAAUGUCCGAGUAAAACAUAUGGAGUGAAGAGCACCGUGAAAGAUCAACCACUGGUUUUUCAUAAUAAAAUUAAGUCAUCAGGUUAUACAGCUGCACCACAAAUGACUAUGUUUUCUCCAAAUACUAAACUGAAGAAAAAUGAUGUAUCAAAGUGCAAGACCAGGUUUAAAGGUAAAAAUAAAGAAUAUCCACUGGAAAGUUCUCCUCCAAUCAAUCAUGAAGCAGAAAUAUCCGUUAGUUUUCAACCAACUAGAAUUUGUUGCAUUCAGUAUUCUGGAGAUGGAAAUUACCUGGCCUGUGGGCUGGCUAACAAGACUGUACUGAUAUUCGACUCUGAUCUCACCAAUACACAUCACGUUUUUACAGGUCAUGAUGGUGCAGUUAACUCUGUUGGCUGGAGUCAUGACAAGAAGUGGAUAGUUUCUGCAUCAGAUGAUAGAACUGUAAGAGUCUGGUCAGUCUGCAAGAAUGAACCUGCCCUAAUUCUGGGAAAAGAGAUGUUCCACAGGGCUGUAGGCUUUGUGCAAUUUUAUUUUAUGGAUACGUUUAUAUUGCUGUGCUCUGGAGCUGAAUUUCAUCUAUUAAGUUUCCAUCUAGAUGCAACAAAGGAUGACCUAAGACGAUACAAACAGAAGAGUAUUUGCAAAUUGGUACAGAAAUUUCCCAUGGCUUCAACAGUGGAGAUUACCAGCCUUUCAGCAGUGAAUGAUUUCUACUCUCAUAUUGUACUUACAGCUGGCAGCAACCGAGCACUGGAAGUUUUUGAUCUCAAUGCAGGCCGCAGCACAGCAGUGAUACCAGAAGUUCAUAAUAGAGCAGUCCAUCAGAUCUGUCAAAACAAGGGAUCAGCAUUCAGCACUCAGAAGCCUGAAGCUUACAACCUUUUCAUGACCACAGCUGUAGGUGAUGGAAUCAAACUCUGGGAUUUAAGAACUCUCAAGUGUGAACGUCGAUUUGAAGGACGUGGUUGCCGCUCCUACCCCUGUGGAAUUGCAGUAUCUCCUUGUGGGAAGUUCAUAGCCGGUGGUUCAGAUGACAAGUGUGCUUACAUAUAUGAGAUGCAUUCGAGUGCCUUUUCAUAUAAACUGGGAGGACACACAGAAUCUGUCACUAAUGUGGCUUUUAGUCCCUUUUUGCCGCAGAUUCUUACAGUCUUUCAACAGUUUACUUCUUCCUCUUUGAUCUCCCACUGCUUCAGAUUUGAAAAAGAAAUAAUCAUGUUUCCUUUUCUGAUGCUACUUUGAGGAUAAGCUCAUAAAAGGCUAUUGUAUGAUGUUAUCCAUUUAAUGUCAUAGUUAUGUGAAACGUGAACAAAGCUUAAGAAAUAACCAAAGGUUUUAUUUAUAUGUACAUACAUCUACUUUUUGUCUGUUUAUAACAUAGAAGCUGAUGUACAUAUAUGUAUUUACCUAUACGUACACUGGACUACACAAUUCUAAACACCUUCUCUCUCAAAAACACACUGAAUUUCUACCUAGAUACAGAUUUAUACUGGGAAGCUUUAUAAUUUUGUCAAUAUUCUCAUAUUUCAAUAAAUAAAAUAUUUCAAUAUUUCUUCUUACUUUAAAGACAAUACUUUAAACAACGAUAACCAGAUAUAUGAAUUGAUAUGUCUAUAUAUGUGUUACCCUAGAAUACACAGUAGUUCUUUACUAUCUCCUCAGCAAGAGUUGCUACUAUUCAAAAAUAAUUAAAGAAUAAGUUCAAUUACUUUACAUCAAAGACUAUUGUUUUAUUUACAUUUCUCAUACCCCAUAUAUAAAAGAAUGUGCUAGCAUUUCUGUGAUUUUUAGAAUUUUCUAGAAGUCUUAUUACUUGAGUACAUGUUUGAGCUGAGAAAAUGUAUAAUUACUAUCCUGUGAUGAGCACUAUGUAUUUCUGCUCUUUGGAUUCAGCACUACAAUACAUUCAGUAAAAGGGUAGAGUUUAUGAAAAUUUGCAUCUAGAUUAAGGCUAAUUUCAGAGUUUGUACUUCUCGGUGAAAUAGAAAAGAUGUUUUAAACUGAAGAAUAGAAUUGACUUCCUGUAGACUUGCAG